AUGGUCACUACUAAACCAGUCCAGAACCUACCCGACUCCAACGACGUUCGCUCGAAUCACUGGCACCACCAACCGUCCUUUCACAUUGGAGCAGGCCCAUAUUCCGCAGGACCCACGCAUUCGGAUCGCCUCGGGUAUCGACUUCACCCAGUCAGUGGGGAAGUCGCAAAAACUCUGAAGGAGAAGAUUCCAGACGUCGACUCGGUCUCCCAUGUUUCCUUCACUGCGUACAUCCAAACCGGUGACUUUCAGAGCCUCAAAGAAGUCAACACCCGCCUCCUAGAAACUGCAAUACGAGCUAUUGAGACUGUGUCACGCGCACUGAAGGUGGUCAUUUUGCAAACUGGUGGGAAAGGCUACGGUCUCGAGUUCCCAAAGGUUGUCAAGAUUCAACCCCCACUCAAAGAAAACAACCCUCGCAUCCCGGAGCCCUGGGCAAGCAAGAUCUUCUAUUAUACCCAAUAUGACAUGCUCAAGGAAUUGUCACAAGGGAAAUCCUGGACAUUUUCUGAAAUUCGCCCGGACGGUAUCGUGGGAUUCACUCCCGCGUCAAAUGCAAUGAACAUGGCUCAAGGCAUUGCGCUUUAUCUGAGUAUAUACCGUGAGGUUCAUGGGCUUGGUGCGACUGUUACUUUUCCUGGUCGUCCUCACGGCUACGAAUCCACGCACUCAGACACUUUCCAGGACAUGCUAUCCAAAUUGGAGAUUUACGCUGCUCUGAAUCCUGCCAAGUGCGGAGACGGCGGAGUGUUAAACGCUGCGGACGGCAAGACGGUGACGUGGGCUCAGGUCUGGCCCCGUCUGUGCAAGUAUUUUGGGCUCAUUGGCGAGAAGCCUUCUGAGGUCGGCUCGCAGUCAAUGCAAGAUUUCGUCCAGGAGCAUCGCGAUGCGUGGACAGCUUUAGCCAAGAAACACAAUCUCAACGAAGCGGUCGUCGAUCAGCAAGGAUGGGGUCAUGUCCAUUUCAUGCUCGUCGAUUUUGACUUCGACAGGCAAUAUGACCUAUCGCGAUCGCGCGAGGUUGGAUUCUUAGAAGAAAUCGACACGGUCGAGGGAUAUGUCUUGGCUUGGGAACGCAUGAAGGCGGCGAACAUUCUUCCUCCGUAA